AAAUAACUGACAACACUUUCUGCAUUCCCUAAUCCUCCGGUUACAGGUUGUGUGUGCAUACACACUGGGGGGAAAGAGUUAAUCAUCAUUUAAAAUCACUUGUAAAUGAUUUAUAACUCCAUCUACUAAACAUAGACAAACAUAUUAACAUAUGAAUUAUUAAUCAUCUAUGAACACAUCAUUAAGUUUUGUAAACGAUUAGUUCAUCACUAACUUAUCACUUAUAAACGCCUUAUAUCUGGACGUUAUUAUAAAGUGUGACCUUAUAUUCUGUGUAAGUAUUUUUUUUGUUCAAUGCUCUUCCGUUUUAUAAAAGCACGCUGUCUUUGGCGUUGCCCUCUGUGUCUUCUUCCUUUACUAGUUCAGACUCUAUGGCACGUCUGCAAGAUCCUGAGCGGACAGUAAGACAGAUUAAACUCAGUCACAGACCCUAAACCCAGCGGCCUGUUAUGGCAAAUGUAGGAAAAACUUGUAUUCUUCGUCUGGAUCUCUGUGCUGUUAUUAUUGUCCUGAUUCAUGCAGAUUAUUCCAGAUGUAGUCCAGAGCUAAAGGUUCGUCAGCACAUCAACAAAACAGUGUCUGUGGGGGAAACAGUUACACUUCACUGCAACAAAACCAAAGUUGAUGAUGAUUUCGGGUGGAAGAUGAACGGCUCUGUUAUUUUUAGGCUGGUCUCUAAUAUGAACGUAACUAGAACAAACUUCAGCUCAAACAGGAUUCACAUCGACCCAAGAUCUCCAGGAGAAUUAAUAAUACAUCAAAUACAAGAGUCUGAUGCUGGAAACUACACCUGCUUCCCAGCGGCAAUGAGAUGGACAUUAACAGUCACAGACACAACCGGACUAGAAACACUCAAACAAAUGUCCCUGCACAUCUUCAUCAUCACCAUCUCAUGUUGUGGAGUCAUUAUGGUCGGUCUGAUAAUCACUAUCAGCAUCUACAUUCAACGGAGCUGUAAAAACAAAAAACAAAGUCACAGAGAAACGGGACGGGACUUUCCACAGCCACCGGCCAGAGGAAGGAUACGGACUCAAAACAGUCAAUACUUUGAAAGAUACAAUUCAGUUUAUGGACAAUUAUGAUCAAUUGCAUUCUUUUUGUAUUUCAGAUUAACAUAACCCUAAAAAUUUUAAAUCUUACCUUAGGUAUCUUUAAUACAUUAAUACUUAGCUAAACUGAGUAGCAUACAAUUAAACCGAAUGUUUAUGUCACAUAACACUCAUAGGGUAUUAGUAUAUAAAAUGAUGAUAGUAUGUAAGAAAAAGCAAGCUAUACAACGGGGACCCUCAAAUCAGUUUAGCUCCAGCCCUGAUUAAACUCAUCUAAAUAUGAUUUUCAAAUGAUCCUGAAGACACCGACUCACGUGUUCAUGUGUGUUUGAUCAAGGUUAGAGCUAAACUCUGCAAGAAAGUAGAGAGAGCCAGAUAUGCUCUACAGUGAAUAUGUAUUUUGUCUUUACGUAUUUGUGAGUACAUGUUCAUGUCAAAAUACAACUCACAAUCAAAUGUAAUUAUACAUAAUUUUGUUGAUUUUUUUAAUAAACGUGUAAUGAUUUCAUAUGAAUACUUGUCUGCCCUUAAGAUUGAACAAAUAAAUUGAAAAAGGGGAGUUAACUGAGAAACUACAUCAACGCUUACACAUCAAUUACACCGAGUGUAAUUAUGUUUUAAGAUAUCCAUUGUUGACAGAAAAUCAAUAUUUUUGGCUUUAUGUUAUGCUUGUAAAUCAAGUGAUGAUUAUAAAGCACAUAAGCAGUAAAGCCAGCUGUCCACAGUGAGUAUACACAGGCUGGACAAAAUUAAUUAUUCAAUGAUAUGAAUGACAUUUCAGUAUCAUUUGACAUUAGUCAAAAAGGUUUUUAAAAUCUUAAUCUCAGAUGUGAUAGAAUGCCUUCUCCAAAUCCACAAAGUACAAAACUCCCACGAACCCUCCAGUAGCCUGCAGACGUUAUCGAGCUAGUCCAGUGUUCCACAACCAGGACGAAAGUCGCAUUAUUCCACCGAGAUCCGAGGUUCGACUACCGGACAAAGGAGGAGCCACCAUGUUGCAGAGGCAUGUCAGCCAAGACUGGUCCACAGCAUUCAGAGUGGAUCUUAUCCAACCCUGGUGCCUUGCCAAAGAGGAGCUUCAGCUUGACGGCAUUCCUUCCAGUGUCCACCACCAGCUUCUAUUCAGCUUCAUCCCCUGCCAAUGGAUCCAACUCACCACCAGGUGGGGAUCAGUUGACAGCUACGCCCCUCUCUUCACCCAAGUGUCCAAGGCAUAUGGCCGGGGGUCGAAUGAAACAACCACAAAGUCGAUUACCAGAGUAGCGAUGAGUCCAGCCCUUUUCGAGGAGAUGGGUUCCAAAGCCCGAGCUGCGUGUGGAGAUGAGCCCGACUAUCUCUAGUCGGUACCUCUCAACCUUCCUGCACUAACUCAGGCUUCUUCCCCCCCAGUGAGGUGACAUUCCAUGUCCCUAGAGCCAGAUUCUGUGUCCGAGGAUUGGGUCGCCAAGGUCCCCGCGGCUGCCGCUCAAUGCACAGUGCACAGGCCCCUUACAGUCCCUCACACAGGAGGUUGGCCCCACGUAAUGCACUAUUUUGACAUCUUUCAUACUGGUCCUUAAUAGAGUUAUUUACCAAGCAGUCAAUGGGAAAGUCACAAAGGAAAUAUAUUUUUAUGAAAGUUUGCUACCAAAUCGUUUUGGGUCACCAUUGACAUCCAUAGUGGGACAAAAAAAUACUAUGGAAGUCAGUGGUGA